ACGUUCCGGCGUGAAUGAACGAACCGUAUAUCUCGCGCCUCGCAGCUCGCAUCCGGCCUCCCCCAACAAACCACGUCUACUCACCCUCAGUCUCUCCCUCAAAGAAACCAAUACCUCGGCUCCAAAGCGGAGUGAUCAGCAGUGACCAAUGCACCCUAAGGCCAGAGACACGAAGACCCUUUCGCUGCCUGGGCGCCGGAAGCACCGCGUUCGGAAGGGCGUUGCCGAUGUGUUGGGCGCACUGGGCCUACGUGGUGCCGGAGAAGAGGGUAGGGCUAUGCAACCGAAAGCUCUAGAUUUGUUCCAUGCAGUUAACACUGGCUCUCUCCCUGCAGGAAGCGUGACAAGCACCCCAUCUCUUGUUUCACGCUCCGCCAACGAGGACCUCUCGGACACGCAGUCCUCGCACUCCACCGACCCCGACAUGUCUAUCCUCAGCAACCUCAAGAAGGCGCACCAUAAAAGCGCGCCCGCCCCCACCAGCAACCCCCGACCUCAGCAAAAGCCCUCCCAACCCACCCCCAAGAGAACCACCUCUGUGCCUUCUGCCAAGAACGAGCCAGACAGGAUGUCGGUCAACUCUAUCCCCGCAACCCUCGUCUCCGACACGACGAUAGCCCAAGAGGACUCCACCCUCGGCAUGCUCAACAAGGCCAAGGCCUCGGUGCGGAAUAAGUCGCCUCCCCCCCGCAGCAGGCAGUCCACCACUGUCCACGAUGCUGUGCGGUCGCUCAGGAUAAAAUUGGAGGAGGAGAUCAAGUCGUCGAAUGACGCAUGGCUGGCCACUGGCCUCGCCAUUGAGGGCUUCCUCAACUACAUUGGUGCGGAGCGGUUGAGGCGCAUGCCCGCCAAGGGCAGCAGGUGGGACAAGAUUCUCAAGUGGGCUGAGGAUUUCGCCAUCACCCUUUCCCUGUUCGAGGAGGCGGUUGAGUCUACCAUUGCUUCCAGCAAGGAGGCCGUAGAACUCAUCUUGGGAUGCCUCCAGCUCCUUCUCCAGUUGGGCCCCAGCCAGGGCGUAGCCAUGGAGAGGGCUUUCUCCAUUUUCCACGAGUACGGCCUCAUCUUUGGCUUCUACAUCAAGAACUACGGGCUUCUGCGCUCCAUUCCUGAGACUCGCCAGGAGAUGAGCUUCGCUUUGGCCGACAUGGUCAACCUGGUCGUCGAGAUUACCGUUCACUACCGGAAGAGCAUCCGGACCAUGUCGGCGGAGAUGGUCACGGUCGACUUCACCAUAACUUUUGGCUCUCAGAUGGAGUCGUUUAUCCUGCGCAGGGACAGGAUUACCGACCACAUGUGGACCUACCAACUGAAGCACUCCCCAGAGAUUACUGAAAUCCAAGUCUCUAUCGAGUCUAUCCGCCAGUGGCUGCUGCCCCAGGACCGUACCCUGCAGGCUCUGUCUACCAGGCGCGGAGCUGCUCGCGCCUCCCGCGCCGAGUUCACCUGCGAGUGGUUCGACAGAUGUCUCAUUGACUUCUUCCGCAGCAGGGACGGUGUCUUGACCGUCAGUGCCGAAACCGGUGCCGGCAAGACUGCCCUCCACGGUUGGAUUUUGGAGCGUCUGCAGAGGCCCGUCAGCCGCAGGACUUACUCCGCCGUUGGGGCUUCUAUCAGCACCCAGACUCCUGCUCUUGCGACGCAGAUCAACCUGAUCAAGGAGCUGCUCGUGCAACUGUUGGACCAGAACGUUGGCAAUGUUGCCCUUUACAGGUGCCUUGCCAACGUGCUCGAGCUCGACUCCAACACCACCAGCGAGGCUGACGCCGAGGAUGCCCUUUGGUACACCCUCGAGACUGCCAUCAAGCCUUGCAAGAACAUUGUUCUCGUCAUUGACGGCCUCGAUGCCCUCCAGGGCGAGGAGGUUGACAAGCUGGAGGCUUUCGAGAGGCUGCACGACAUUGCGAGCAAGAAUAAGAAUGUCCGCGUCAUCGUUCUGACCCGGCCGUUCGCUGUUCCCUUCCCCAAGCCUACGCGCCAGGUCGUUAUGGAUUCUGAGCGCACGGCUGAGGAUGUCAAGCACAUCACUCGCGCAUUCCUCCAGACUCGGGGCUUCACCAACCCGCAUGAGAUCGAUGAGGUGGUUGAGGAAGUUGCUCAGCGCAGCAAGGGUUCCUUGACCUGGACCGACAUGACUCUGCAGCUGAUGCAGAAGGAGGCGAGCGUGCCUGACAUGCUCAACGCUGCCAAGCAAGUUCCUUCCACUCUUGCGGAGGUUCUCGACAAGCACAUCAGCACGCUUUCUCUCAAGGGCGAUGCCCGCCUUAUGCUCGGUUGGCUUCUGGUUGCCGACAGGCCGCUGACCACUGCCGAGGUGCAGACCCUGCUGGAGCUCAACAUCCAGAAGGGCACUCACCAGCCAAGGCCUACGAAUAUCGUCGAGGAUAUUCAGCGCUCUUGCGGCCCCCUGGUCACCGUGCAGGACAAGACUGUCCGUUUCCGCAAUGAGUCUGUGCGCCAGCACUUGCUGAACCUCAGCAAGGAAGGCAAGCAGCUGCUCAGCCCGGCCGAGGCCCACCGCGACCUCACCACCAGGCUUUUGUUGUACAACAAGGUUUGUGUUACGCGCAACACCGAGCCCUCCCUGGACAAGCUGCCGCGCAAGGAAGUUGCCUCCCUCUUCCAGUCCAACCCCCUGCUGGAGUACUCUGCUCGCAACUGGGUCAAGCACUUCAAGCUUUCCCCCUUCUUUGCCGAAGGCCAGCCGCAGCCUGCUACUCCUGAGCUGAAGAGCGUCUUCCCCAACUCCACCGUUCUUCCUCUCCUGGAGAAGAACUGCUGGGAUAAGCAGGCUCUGACCAGCAAGGUUAACGAUCUCCACGUCCUGGCUCUCCGCAUCCGUCAGAACGCUCUUGGCGAGAACAACCGCGCUGUCAUGCAGAACGCCAUCAACGUUGCUCAGUCGUGCGAGAAGCGCAAGAGCCCUAUCGAGGCCAGCAAGUACUACCACCAGGCUGCCAAGCUGGGCCAGAGUGUUCUCGGCAAGUCCAACGACCUCGCGGUCGCUUGCGCUGCUGCUUCGGUGAACUGCACUGAGGGCAUCGAGCAGAAGACCCGUACUGAGGACGUCGCUCGCCGCGAGGAAAUGCUCAGGUACAUUGUGGACACUGGCAAGCAGCAGCAGGGUGCCGCCAGCGACUUGGCUGCCAAGUACAAGACUAAGCUUGCUCAGCUGUACACGGACAUCCAGGAGAAUGAGAAGGCUGAGGACAUCUACCGCGAGAUGUACCAGACUACCGUCAAGCAGCACGGUGAAUUCUCGCGCGAGGCUAACACCGCGUCUGCUAAGCUCAGGACCGUUCUCGUCAAGGAGGACAGGCAUGAGGAUAUUGUUCAGUACACUCAGCCUAUCUUCGAGACUGCUGAGAGGAACCUGGAGAUCUUCGACAUUCGCCGUGUUGAGAUCACUCUCCGCAUGGCCGAGACCUACGAGGAGAAGCAGGAUCUGGUCCGUGCCGAGGAGCUUUACAUUGCUCUCUGGCGUGGCCUUAGCGAUCACUGCCGUACUCACGCUGCUGCCGCGGAUGCUCACGAGCGCAAGGUCCAGAUCAGUCUUGCGUAUGCGAACUUCCUCAAGAGGCACAACCGCCAGGCUGAGGCUGAGAACAUCCUCCACGGCGUCUGGCUCGACUACCAGCACCGUGACAACAAGAGCGACGGCCUUGUUAAGCAACUCAAGCACGUCGGUGAGGAGCUUUCGGCUAUGGGUAUCCUCGAGACUGCCAUCAGCGUCUUCAAGAACAUCUGGGGUCACUUCAAGAGCAACGGCAAGCAGACCUCUGCUGAGGCUGUUGCCACUGCUGUUGCUCUGGCUGAUACCGUGCAGCGCAAGGCCGAGUCCAUGAAGGCGAAGAAGGAGGCGGCCCGCGCGGUUGCUGGUCCUGACGUCAUCGAGGACGACAUCGAUAUCAGCGAUGAUGAGGGAGACGAAGAAGCCGAUGGCAUCAUGGACGAGGUCGUCGAAGCUGCUAUCGCGGCUCACACGGUUCCGGCGGCGCCCAAGCCCGGCGAGGUUGCUGAGAGCAAGGAGACUGCUCUGGAGACCUGCGAGAAGCUUUCGCUGUUCUACAUGAGCAAGGGCCGCUGGACUGAUGCGGUCAACGUUCUGCACAAGACGCUCCUGAAGCUCUGGCCCAACCUCGGUAUCGAGGGCAAGUAUGGCUUCCCCAAGUCCUACACUGCCGAGGCCAUCAAGCUUGCUCGCCGCCUCGCUCUGUGCCACACUGAGAGCAACCAGACGGAGCAGGCGGAGAAGAUCUAUGCCUUCCUGUUCCACUCUGCCCGCUCCAGCCUCAGCAUCCAGGAUGAGCUUGUCGUCGAAACUUCGAACGACUUGAUCGCCUUCUACGAGCGCACCAAGCAGUACAUCAAGAUUCUCCAAAUCCACGAGCUGCUGCUUGAGAGCUACCGCACUGCUUUGGGAUCUAGGAACCCGCUGACCAUCAAGACGCUCUACACCAUGGGUGACCUUUGCCUCAAGUACCACAUCAAGGGAGCUGACCGUUACUACUUCGAGGUGGUCAAGGCCCUCAAGGACAACACCGGCGUGCUCAGCAAGGAGUCCCUGCCUGCCUCGCUCAAGCUUUCCAAGAUCUACUAUGAGCAGAAGCGCUGGCAGGAGGCUCGCGUCGUGUAUGCCUCCCUCUGGGCCACGUUCACCAAGCACGGUAAGGAGUACGGUAUCACCCCUGAGACUGCUCAGGUCCUCUACAGGCGCUAUGUCACCAUCCUGGACACCCAUCUCAAGGUCGACAGCGAGGAGACUCGCCGUCUCGCUAUCGAGUACCGCGACACUUGCCACGAGGUCUAUGGACCCGACCACGUCAUCACCAUCCACGCCAACUUGCAGCUUGCGGAGGUCUACCGCAAUAGCCCCGAGCACCACGAGGAGGCCCUCAAGAUCUGCGAGACCGUGGUUGCCAAAGUCAACGAGACUCCUGAAAAGGCUAGGUCGGCGAGCCAGCUCACCAUUAUUGCGACUGCCAAGCGCCACCUUGCCGCGCUCUACUCCGCCCAGGCUAAAACUACCCCCGAGUCUACUGACAAGGCCGUCACGCUGUGGAAGGAGCAGUUCGAGGCGCACAAGAAGCAGCACGGUCCUUCGGGCAAGGUCACUCUGGCUACCCUGGCCGCGCUGGCUGCUGCGUACAGCAAGUCUGACAAGCCCGAACUGCACUCUGCCGCCAACAAGCAGCUCCAGUCCGCCACGGUCGAGGUGCUCACCACUGAGAAGGACUCCACCAAGCUAUUCGACUCCGCUGUUGCGCUCGCCAAGACGUUUAACGCCUGUAAGUACACCGAGCAGGGAUGGGCCUUGUUGCGCGAGCUGCGCCGCCAGAUUAUCGCCAAGGAGACCCGCGCUACUCACAAGUACAACGUCCCCCUUCCCGACUCUGUUGACCGCCGCUCGCUCGUCUUCGUCGCUGCCUUUGAGGGUACGCUUCGUGAUGAGGAGAACAAGGGAGGCUUCUCCGACGUCAUGACCGACUUGCUCACUGAGAGCAUCUUGCAUGACCGGUACCAGCUGUCCUUCAACCAGAAGAACAUCAGCCCAGAAAUCAAGCUGUUCGACGGUGCUCGUCUCUACACCUUCCUCAAGGGCAAGGAGCAAAGCGCUGAGCAGUGCGUUGCCGUUGAGAACGCCUUGUACGGCCUCUUCAUCGAGCAAGCCGGCGCCAACAUCAAGACUAGCCCCGAGGCCACUCGUGCUUUCUUGAUCACUGUGCUGGAGGAGCUGAGCAGGUACAGCCACCACGAGGAUCUGACGGUUGUUGCAUGCAUCGCCGGCACCAGCAAGGUUCGCGCCCUGCUGGAGCGCGAGCAGUUCGUGCAAGCGUACGAGAUUGCUCUGUGCUUGUACCAGUUUGUUUCUUCGCGUGGAGGCUUCAAGGACCCCAAGAACAUUGCCAGUAGCUUCAAGCUGUCUCUGUACCUUGCCGGUCUCGGAGUGCCGAAGACGAAUGACUUCAAGCUGCAGGCCAGGAUGGUCGAGCUGUCGACGACUGUCCUGCGCGAGACGCUGGCUGCCUGCAAGAGUCAGAACAUUGACCUCGUGCAGCUCCAGGCCAGUGAGCUCAACAACCUUGUUCGCCUGAUGGGCGAGCAGAAGAACUACAUCGAUCUCGAGGUGAGCUUGCCCCAAUUCCAACCCCUCUGAACCAUCAUACUAAUACGUUUUUUUACAGUGGCUUCUCACCCAGCUCUGGAACUCCCGUCUGGUGCAAGCCUCUUGGUCUGCGACC